CAAUAUUCUUAAGAGAUAAUAAUUAUGCAAUACAAUACAAUAGAAAGUCAGGAUAACUAUCAAUAUCUGUUGACUUGAAAACCUCCAAAACAAAUCUCACAACUUUGACUGUUUGAUCUGAAAUCUCUCACUUUUCUUCACCAGAUUCUGUUUCUGCAUCCAGAUCGCCCUUCUUCAUCAACCGAUCACAACAAUAAUCUCUCAAAAUCACCGAUAAACAUGGUGAACUCUAUGGUGGCUAGAGCCACAAGCGACAUGCUUAUCGGUCCUGAUUGGGCCAUGAAUCUCGAGAUCUGUGAUAUCUGCAAUCAUGAUCCUGUGCAAGCAAAAGAUGUCGUUAAAGGAAUAAAAAAACGUUUAGGAAGCAGGAAUCCGAAAGUGCAACUUCUUGCUUUAACGCUCUUGGAAACAAUCGUGAAGAAUUGUGGCGAUUUUGUUCAUAUGCAUGUAGCCGAGAAAGACUUGCUCCAUGACAUGGUCAAAAUAGUCAAAAAGAAGCCUGAUUUUCAUGUAAAAGAAAAAAUAUUAAUUCUAAUCGACACCUGGCAAGAAGCUUUUGGUGGAGCAAGGGCACGGUACCCACAGUACUAUGCAGCAUACCAUGAAUUAUUGCGUUUAGGGGCGAACUUUCCGCAAAGAUCUGAGAGAUCAGCACCUGUCUUUACUCCCCCACAAACACAACCGAUAACAUCGGGUCCACAUAAUGUACAUAACUCUGAAAAUGAAAAUGGAACAGCAAUGGCUUCUACUGAAGCUGAAUUUUCGAGUUUGAGUUUGACGGAAAUGCAAAAUGCGCGUGGUAUUAUGGAUGUACUUGCAGAAAUGUUGACUGCAAUCGAUCCAGAAAAGAAAGAGGGACUUAGGCAGGAGGUUAUUGUGGACUUGGUGGAGCAGUGUCGUGCGUACAAGAAAAGAGUGGUCCACCUGGUCAACUCAACCGCGGAUGAAUCAUUACUAAGUCAAGGAUUAGCUUUAAAUGACGAUUUGCAGCGCGUUCUAUCCAAACAUGAAGCGCUUCUUAACGGAACUCAAGUAGUUUCAUCUGAAAAGUCAGCUCCUGAAACCAGUCAAGCAUUAGUACCUGUUGAUGCUCCUCUUAUUGACGCUACCGACAUUAAACAACCUGGAUCUGCCGCCCCUUCGGGUGUCGAGAAUGAUUUGAUUUCUCUUGCUCUUGUUCCAACUAACGGACAGUCAACAACUCCGGAAAAAGUCAAUGCCGGUUUUGACCUUUUGAGCGGAGACGGUUUUGGCUCGCCAAAUGCUUCAAGCUCCUUAGCUAUUGUCCCUGCGGGUGAAGCUCAGCCUGCUGUUACUCCUGUAUCUCAACCAAAUGCGUUAGCACUUAUGGACAUGUUUGCACCUCAAGCCCAACAACCUCAAAACGUGUCGGCCCAACAACCUCAAACUCAGUAUACACCGGGCCAACAACCGUCACUUUAUUCUAACGGAAAUGUUGCCAACGCGGCCCCACCUCAGAAUGAGUUGUGGUCCCAGUAUAAUCAAGGGAAUAAUCCUGUGUGGAAUGGUCAAAUGGGUCAACAGCAGCCGCCGCCGCCGCAGCAGCAGCCACCUUCACCGGGUUUCGGUGCUGCAACUAGCGGUGGUUUACCGCCACCGCCAUGGGAAGCUCAGGCUGCCGACGAUGAAUUAGCAGGCGGCACAACUCCGUACUCACAACCUCCUCAUGACUCACAAAUCCCUGUAAACAUGAACAACCAUGUGCCGCCAAUGAACAACCAAAUGCCACCGAUGAGCAACCAUAUGCAGCCGCCAAUGAACAACCAGCCAGUUUACGCCAAUCAAAUUCCUCAACAACAGUUUCAAGGUGGCGUACUUCCGCAACAGCAAAUGGCGUACAUGCAAUAUCCUCAACAAAUGUACGGUAACCAGAUGGGACAGCCCUCCGGCUAUGGCGGCGGUUAUGGUUACGGUUAUGGAUACGACCAGCAGCAACAAAACGCACAAUAUAUCGAUCAGAGAAUGGCGGGGAUGUCUAUGAGAGACACAGUUUACACCGGUCCGUCAAUGGCUAAUGCGUCAUAUGUUCAUGUGCCAUCUGGAAAGCCUCAAAAAGCAGAGGAUAAGCUGUUUGGAGACCUGGUUAACUUUGCGAAAGUUAAACCGAAUAAAACGACGUGACCCGGUCAACCUGGUUUCUAUAAUUUGUCUUGAAGAUUUCUUUCUUUUGUUUUGCUUUGGAUUUUUUUCUAUAUGUAUAGAUCAGCCGAAAUGAUUAUUGUGUGUUGAUAUAUUUUUCUAGCUAUUUUUAUAUUUUUGACUUAUGGGAAUUUUUUUUAUUCUAUGAUUUUUGUUUCA